AUGGCUGCCCUCGUCAUCUUCGACUUCGACGGCACACUCUUCGACACCCACGAGUCUAUCGAACAGUCGAUAAAACUCACCUUUGAUGCAUUGCUUCCCUCGCAUGCCCUUGCACCGUCAGAAGUCCACCGGCUCAUCUCCAGCGGCGCAGGCCUUUCCGACACCUUUCAAGCACUCCAUCCUAACGCAGCAACUUUCACUGUCGCCGAGGAGGAGAGAUGGGUCAAUAAGUACCGAGAGAUAUAUGCAACCGACGGCCAGUUAUUGAUCAAAGCCUUCCCGGGUGCCAAAGAAACUCUCGAUGAGCUGAACACUCGCAAAAUCCCCGUUGCCAUUAUCAGUAACAAGGGCGUUGCCGCCGUCAAAACCGCUCUUGAACGCAAUGGCAUGGCAGGCUACGUCCCCGAGAACCUGAUCAUCGGGGACAAAACGCCAGGCGCCCAGCGGAAGCCCAGCCCUGCCAGCUUUGUCGACGUACUCGCACCAACGCUGCAGACCCAAUACGGGCUGGCCGGCCUCGAGCCCCGCAGAGUGCUAGUUGUAGGGGACACAGUGGCAGAUAUUCAGUUUGCAAAGAACAUUGGAGGGCGGGCGUGCUGGUGUCGGUAUGGAUACGGGGACAAGGACGCAUGCGAGAAGCUUCAGCCAGACUUUAUCGCUGAUUCGCUGAACGAAGUUGUUGCAAUGCUCGGCCAGCAGCCUUUCCUGGCAUAA